AUGGGGAGGGCACAGCGGAACGGCACCGCUGCUGUAGCUGCCGGCACCAGGCGAAGCGCCCGAACCAAGGUCAAUGCUGUCAAGAACGAGCGCGUGACGAGGAGUAGCCGUGCCCGCCUCACAAAUGGCCUCGAUGACCCGGCGCAGGUGGAAAAGGAGCUCAACGAGCAGCUCAAGCUUAUGAGCCUCUACGCCGCCAACACCACCGGGGACGGCAACUGCCUCUUUCGUGCCCUCUCGGACCAGCUCUACGGCUUCCCCACCCAGCAUGCUCGGCUGCGGCAGGAGACCUGCGACCACCUGGCCGCCCACGCCGACCGCUUUGCCGGCUUUGUCGACGACCAGCCCUUCGAUGCCUACGUCCGGCUGAUGCGGGAGAAUGGCACGUACGGUGGCCACCUCGAGCUCCACGCCUUUGCGCAGAUGAUGCAGAAGCAGAUCAAGAUUGUCCAGCCCGGCCUUGUCUACGUCGUCUCGGCCGACGACGACUCGCCCGAGGCCGUCAGGUCCCGCGAGGAUCGGGAGCAGGAACGCCUCAGGAUGCAGAACAGCAUCGCUCCCGGCUCCGAGGGGCCACCUCCCUCGAGUCGAGAGCAGCGGCGCGCCAAGAGGACAGAGUCGCGCGCUCGCAAAAAGGAGUCGGCGCAGAAGCUGGCCGGCCAGGAUGACACCGCAGUGUCGGCGGACGCGUCCGAAUCGACCGUCGAGGCCAACGACGUCGCAUCGACCUCCAAGGCCGGUGCGGUCGAGGCGCAGCCGUCCGAUGCGCUGGUGGAAGCCUAUGGGCCCCUCUACAUCGCCUAUCACAACUGGGAGCAUUACAGCUCGAUCCGCAACAUCGAUGGCCCGCACACGGGCCUACCCCGCAUCAAGGAGAGAAGCGUUGCGGCCGCCCAAGACGACGCUUCUUCCGCUUCGAGGGCCAGCAAGGCAGGGACAGGGACCAUAGGGGAAGCUGAGGAGGACGGGGACGGCGGCGAGCCAACGAGCACCGAGAAGAUGGUCCUGGAGAGCACGCGCGGCCAGUACAGCCUCGCAGAGGUCCGCAGCCUGCUCAAGGAGCACAAUCAGGACUGGGCGCAAGUCGUCGAGGUGCUGGUGGAGCGCGAGAUUGCGCAGGACGAGGCGGCCGUCGGCUCUGAGCUGCAGGCGCUGCCGGCGUCCGUGUCCGGCCAGAGCGAGGCGGCAGCGGGCACGCUCGCCCCGCCGACCUCGCUGCCGGAUCACAUGCGGCAAUGGCGGGCCACGUCGCCCUCAUCGGUGGACACGUCGGCGACGCACAGCAGCGGCGAAGGCGACUCACCCUCGACGCACGCCACGACCGAGGAGGGCAUCGAUCUGGGCCCUGGAUCGCCCAGCGUAUCCCAGUCAUCGCGCGCCAACACGCCGGGCGCCGACAGACUGUCAACCAAGAGGGCGGCUUCGGCCGACCUGUCGGCCAUUCGGAAUCUGCGAGGGCCCAAGAGGCGGUCGCAGAGCCGAUCUUCGGACGAGAGCGGGUCCGUCUGCGCCUUGUCGCCCACCGUCGAAGGUCCGUCGACGCCGGCGGCCGAAGAGAGCGUCGAAGGCGCUGCUCAGGCCGAAGACGACGACGACGACGACGAAGCCGAGGACAAGGCUGUCUACGAGAUCAUCAAGCGCGGGCGAGGUCGGCCCCGAAAGGACGGCCUGCCGAACAAGUCGAGCGUCGUCAUCAAGAGAAAGGUGCCGACGCCGCGGGAGAAGCGGGAUGCCGCCGUCCUGCGCAAGCGCGAGCGUCAGCUCGAAAAGAUUGCCAAGGCCAAGGAGCCGUCGCCGGACGUGACGCAGGCCAAGGCUCCGGCCGAAGUGCGCGGCUUCCGCGAGCUCAAGAUCUGA